CCACACGUGUGAAUGUGAACGGCAUCCUUAACAAUUUAUUUUGAAAAAAUUUGUUAUUUUUAUAAUAUUAACGGCAAAUAAUAAAAGAUGAGUAGUAUAGAAGUAAGUGAUAACUACGUUGCUGUCACCAAAGGAUUGCGCAUUGACCGAUACGACUUUGCGAAGCACGACUGCAUCAAGAUUCCAAUAAGUAAACCUCUGGAAAACGAUUCCAUUUCUGAUAUUGUUAUUUCCUCUGACUGUAAGUACUUGGCAGUAGUAUCUACAGUUUCAAAACAGUUAACAGUGUUUGAAUUGCCUCAAUGGAACAACUACAAAAGUUUUACACUUCCAAGAAGUGCUAGCAAAAUAAGAUUCACCUCGAACAACGAACAUUUAUUAGUAGCUGAUAAAACGGGGGAUGUUCUCAUAUACGAUAUCAAUAACCCUAACGAUAGCGGCACAAAACUAUUGGGACACUUAAGCUUAUUGCUGGAUGUUUUACAAACAAAUGAUGGAAAAUAUAUCAUAACCUCUGACCGAGAUGAGAAAAUCAAGGUUUCUUGUUACCCUAAUACUUAUAACAUUCAAACAUAUUGUCUGGGCCACAAGGAAUUUGUGAAACAAAUUGAAAUUCUACCGCAUGACGAAAAUUACUUGACAAGCACUUCAGGCGAUGGAACUAUAAAAUGUUGGGACUAUUUAAAUGGAAAGCUGGCGCACACCAUAGACACCAAUGAUGACAUAAAGGAUGCUCAGCUGCUGGAGAAUUUUGUCAAAGUCAUGAAUGAUGAUGAAAUUGAAGUGGAGAAAUUGCCUAUAGUUCACUACACAAUCUCUCACUUGGAUGAUAACUCCAGUUUAUUAGUAGUGGCUGUACAUACCUGUAAUACUUUACUAGUAUACAGGUUAGAAUCAAAUAAUAACCAAUUAUGUCACAAACUUUUAGAAAGAAUUACAAUGGACAGGUUCCCAGCUGCUAUCAAAUUAUACAAAUCAUCUUUGUAUGUCUAUGAUGAUGUGGAAUGCACAGUUCAAGUUUUAAAAAUAGAAUAUAAGGACAAUAAGAUUAAUGUUCAAUCGGAUAAAGUAAUAAAGAUGUUUGAAAAAGAUGAUACAAGUAUUGACAUCAGAGAUAACAAUGAAUCCAUCAAGUUAUUGUAUAAAAGGAAAUUUGACAAUGUUCAAGAAUACCAAGAAAGGAAAAAACAAAGAUUGGAAAAAUCCAUCUCAUGAAUAAGUAAAAAACAGUCAAUUAUCAGUUCAACCAGAUAAGUUUAUUACUUUCAGUAGGUACAGUCAAACAGAAAUGUGAAGUGCACAUUUUAUACAAAAAUAAUUGAAACAUAAGUAAUGUUGGAACAGUCAUUAAUAAAGCUAACAAGUUAAUAUCUAAGCAG